AUAGAAAGUGGUCUCCCGUGGACUUGACCGGUCCUGUACAUUAGGCAUGUGCCGCUUGGGAUAAAUACUAGAGGGACAUCAGACUGGAGCUGAGACGCAGGGACAAUCGAAGUGUUGCCAGUAAUCGAAGUCAUUGAAGUUGCGCAGCGCGGGUUGCUGUGUUCAGCUCGCUAACUGUUAACAGUUGGUUACCCCGUCGUCUCAGUUUUGUCAUUUAACGUUAUACGGAACAAAUGCUUCUGCACCCAUUUGUGAACGGCGCGCAUGAAGUUAUGCAUCCAACAGCUAUUCAGAAAGACACUACCUUCACGAAGAUCUUUGUCGGUGGUUUGCCUUACCACACCAACGAUGCCUCCCUCAGAAAGUACUUCGAGGCUUUCGGUGACAUUGAUGAGGCUGUGGUGAUAACGGACAGACAGACGGGCAAAUCCAGAGGAUACGGCUUUGUGACCAUGACAGACAGGGGGGCGGCAGACCGCGCCUGCAAAGACCCCAACCCCAUCAUUGAUGGGAGGAAGGCCAACGUUAAUCUAGCCUACCUCGGUGCCAAGCCCCGCAGUAUGCAGACAGGUAUCUCUCUUGGUGUGCAGCCAAUUCACCCCGCACUGAUCCAAAGGCAGUAUGGGCUGGCCCAGCACUACGUCUACCCUCAGGCCUACAUGCAGCCCAGCCUGGUGCUCCCCUCGCAGGUGGCUUCCAGCGUGACUCCCCAGUACCUGGACUACAGCGCUGCGUACGCCCAGUACGCCCAGGCCGCCUUUGAGCAGUACCCGUACUCCGCCUCGCCAGGCUUCGUCGGGUACACCUACGCUACCAGCCCCACCUCCUCAGGCCCGGCCCCCGCCACUGCACCCCCAACCCCUGGAGCCCUCCACCAGAGCCUGCAGGCUGCUGCGCCCCAGGCUCCCCAGGCCUUCAUCCAGUACGCCCCCCAGCAACACGUGCAGCCGGACCGCAUGCAGUGAGCGGAGCGCCAGACCCACAACCGCACACUGCCCCCACACACAGGGAGGAAAGAGAAAGAGGGAGAGAGAUGGAGAGAGAGGAGGAGGAGGGUGGGGAGGAGUGUUGUCUCUGGGGCGUAGGGUUGUGGUUUAGGAUGGACAUUUGCACUAUAACAUCAGGAUGGAGCCUAGCAGAGGAGAAGAUGGUUACUAUAGAGACCACAGCACCACAUGGUCUUUCAGAAGGGCUUCCAAAGAAAAAACAAAAAAAGAAACUCACUUUUCCCCCUUUUCAUCGCUAUUAUUAUUAUUAUUAUUAUUAUUAUUAUUAUUAUGAUCGUUAUGUUAUUCAAAAGUCAUUGUCGUCAAGGUAAUCUUUAUUGUAUUAAUGUCUAUAUAUGUUAAGUAUCAAAUGUUUUUUUUUUUUUUUUUUUUUUUUUAUUAUAUAUAUAUAUGUAAUUUUCAAUCAAUGUGAACCUCACAUUUGUGUUAUUGGAUGAGAACGGAGGCAGGACUGGCUGUCCAAACUCCACCUGUGGUCCGGUGAGGCCCCUCGGACGCCAGCAUGUGAACACUCCCCUCCCUGCAAGGUUGUGGCCGCAUCAGCUGCUGGAUAGAGCGUGUUAAGAGGCGAAAGAACGACAGAAGGAAAAAGAGGGAGCUGGAACGGGUGAUGGGUGUGCUGAACCUGAAAGCUGCAACUCCAGCCCUCAUCCACCUCACAGGACUGAGGCGUUCCCCCUCACUACUCCCGCGUGGAUAAUGUUUUGACAAAACAAGAACACUCUUAGAUUUUUUUUUUUUUUUUUUUUUUCUUCCCCAUCCUGCUUGUUCUUCGUCUCUUGUCUUCUCCCAUUCUGGAGAUUUUACUGAGGACAACACAACUACAUUGAGACUUCUAGAACAAGAACUUGUUGAGUAUACAGACACCAGACUGACUACCUUUUUUUAACAUAAAGCGGCCUUAAAAAUGAAACUCCUUUAAAACUUUUUUCCUCCCUUCCUUUUUUAAACGCUUAUUUUAAACAACCUUACUCCUUUUCUCACUAACCUAAUAUUUAUGUUGGACACAUUCGUCUUUUUUAUGUAUUGAGAGGAUGUAGAUUAUCUCAGUACGAUCUGAACACAGGGAUUACGGGUGAAGGCUCAGGAGCAUUUGGGAUUAACGUGAUGUAAAGGUAGCUGACACUGAGAUGCCUGUGUAUUUUGUAAAACUGUUAAUCCAAAAUGAUUGUGAAAAGUUUUUUUUUUUUUUUUUGAAAAGGACAUUCGUGUACAGCAUUUCCAAGAUGUUGCCACAUGUGAGUGCAUUUGCAGUAUUUAUGUCUAUUUAAGGAAGAAAACCUGUGGAUUAUGUUUGUUUUUGUUUUUUUUAAUCCAGGCUUCUAAGCAGGUGCAUAGACUGCAGUAAAUGUUGCCUCCAUUCAAGGAAUGAGUGUAUAUCCAGAUCAUUGGACCCCCUCAACCCCACCCACCUUCUGACAUCCUAUUCAUGUUUAAAAUAUUAUUAUUUUUUUUUUCAAAUUCCCACCAUUUUUGAACUUUUGUACACUUGCUUUUUCUCGAGUCUACUGAUUUGCAUGUAUGUCCAAGUAGAAGGUGUCCAGUGGCUCACAUGCGACUACACAGAGGAACGUGUUGGUAGAGUAAAUUUCAGCAUCUGCGAAUAAGCCAUACCAAGAAAGUCUUGGAAAUAAAGAAUUUGUGUAUAAUAAACA